CUAGAUUAAUCUUCAAAGGGUUUUACAUUUACCAGCUGUUUGUGUUCUGGAAAUGGUUUCACUGAGAUUAAUUUUAAAAGCUUGGAUAACAGGAUUUCAUGAUGACGGGUUCUCCUCUUUUAAAAUAACAGAACAUAACCGCGCAUGUAUUUUAUCUGCUGUUAUCCAGCUUGCCUUGGCGUGCCAAAUGUUUGACAGCGAGGAGGCGUGUACAGUGGAGGUGUUUACGAUGGCUGCGCUGCUGCUGUAAUGACUGUGACUCAGGAUUGGUGCAUCGCCUGAUGAUGAUGAUGUUGAUGAUGUUGAUGAUGUUGUUGAUGAUGAUGAUGAUGAUGAUGAUGUGAUGUGAUGAUUCGCGCAGCUCAGAUGCUGUCUGAAAAGGAAGAUAGUCGUGUUUACUGAUGAUAAUCGCCUACAUUGAUGUUUAUUGAUCACGUUGAGCUUGUCUGAAUUGUACAUGACGACAGCCCUGUAAAAUUAAUGGCCAUGGAGGAUAGUGCUGUGGAGGUGAGGGAGAAUUGGACUUUGCUUCUCUGGACCACGGUUGCUGUUCUGGUCCCGGUGCUCAUCACACUGUGGUGCAGCUUUCAGCGUCCCAAACGCAAAGUACAGCUCAAAGAUCUGUUUCGUAGGAGCAAACACGGCUGGCACUACACGGACCUAUUCAACAAGCCCACCUACUGCUGCGUGUGCUCUCAACACAUCCUGCAGGGGGCGUUCUGUGACUGCUGUGGCAUAUGUGCAGAUGAGCAGUGCAUACAGAGAGCAGAUCGCACCCUGUCAUGUAAGGAGAUUAUGACCCAGACCCAGACGGAUGGGGGGUUCUGCCAUCGGUGGGUCAGGGGUAAUGUGCCCCUCGCCAGCUACUGUGCCGUCUGCAAACAGCAAUGUGGGACUCAGCCCAAACUCUGCGACUAUAGGUGUGUGUGGUGUCAGACCACAGUGCAUGAUGACUGUCUGUCCAGUCUGAAUGAUGAAGAUGUGUGUGAUCUGGGAGAAUUCUGCUCUGUUAUCAUACCUCCAUACUACCUCUAUCAAGUCAACAAGCUCCGCCGCAGACAUCCUGAUGAGUACAGCAAGCUUGCUGCAAUGUGUGGGAGUGGCUGGACUCCAGUUCUGGUCUUGGCAAACACUCGAAGUGGCAACAACAUGGGAGAGGUUCUGCUGGGAGAAUUUCGUACCCUCCUCAACCCUGUACAGGUAUUUGAUCUCGCUGAGCUGCCCCCUUCUAAAGCCCUGCAGCUGUGUACUCUUCUGCCCCCCGGCAGUGUGCGUGUUCUUGUGUGUGGGGGAGAUGGCACAGUAGGGUGGGUUCUGGAUGCCAUCGACACCAUGAGGCUGAAGGGACAAGAUCAGUUUAUCCCUCUCGUGACCAUCCUGCCACUGGGCACAGGCAAUGACUUAUCAAACUCUCUGGGAUGGGGGGCAGGUUAUGCUGGAGAGAUAUCUGUAGAGCAGGUGCUUAGGAAUGUUCUAGAAGCUGAGGUGGUCAAGAUGGACAGGUGGAAAGUGCAGGUAGCCUCCAAAGGGCACUACUUUCGUAAGCCAAAGGUGUUGGCCAUGAAUAAUUAUUUCUCAGUGGGUCCUGAUGCUCUUAUGGCACUGAACUUCCACACACACAGAGAGAAAACACCCUCCUUUUUCUCUAGUCGAAUCAUCAACAAGGCAGUGUACUUCCUCUACGGUACCAAAGAUUGUUUGGUGCAAGAAUGUAAAGAUCUGGAUAAGAUUAUUGAGCUGGAGCUGGAUGGAGAGCGAGUAACUUUGCCCAGUCUGGAGGGGAUAAUUGUGUGCAAUAUUGGCUACUGGGGGGGUGGCUGCAGACUUUGGGAGGGGAUGGGAGAUGAGCCCUAUCCUCCAACACGUGUGGAUGAUGGUUUAUUAGAGGUGGUGGGUGUGUAUGGCUCAUUUCACUGUGCACAGAUCCAGGUUAAACUGGCCAAUCCCGUGAGGCUGGGACAGGCACACACAGUUCGGCUGGUGUUGAAGAGCUCCCGGAUGCCAAUGCAGGUAGAUGGAGAGCCAUGGGCACAGGGUCCGUGCACCAUCACCAUUACCCAUAAGACUCAGGCCCUCAUGCUGUACCACAGCGCAGAACACACCGAUGACGAUGACUCCAGCACCUCAGAGGCUGAAGAGCCCUCAGCUGAUCACAUUGACACAGCUAGUAACACCCAGAAAACAGUGACGGAGUCUCAGUAAGGCUGAAAUCUCUCUGCUCCAGAAAGUAGCAUGGCAUGAAAGGAGGGCAUGCUGCUCUGAUUUUGUCUUCAGGUCUAGUGUGAUGUCAUAAUUGUAAAUGUUCAUAAUGUGAAUGUGCUGCUCUAGCAGUAACAUCUGCAAUGGUUAUUGCUGUAAGAGUUUUACAAGAGUCUUUACAAGAGUUUCUCUCUUAAAGCUGCACUAUGUAACAGUGCUCUCAAGUGACAUCUGUGAUUGGAACUUAAAAUUGCAAGCAAUUUGCAGAAGAAUACUUUACGUCAGUCGUGUUCUGGCACUGCUCUUCUGGCAGAUGAAUCUCCCAAUUUGAACUUACCUUGACAUCACGUGUGUGUUCAUGACUGGAGCCGGAGUCAUAACGUGCUAUUUUCAUGUUGAUAUUAUGUUAUACGAUUAAACGUUUGAAAUGGAAAUAUUACUUGCUUUGAUGAAGAUAAACAACACUCUUAUUUACAUAUUUGAAUGAAUUUUACACUUAAAUCGCUUUUCUGACACUACACUCAAAGCACUUUUAAAUAGAGAACAGGGGACUCUCCUCAGCCACCACCAGUAUAUCUUAAUAUGAUUAUUCAAGUGUUUAAUCUACUAUUAAUGUUUGAAUUGUACUACAAUUUUCAAUUUAAGAGGUUAAACUCUGAUAUGGCUGAUACGAGUUCAAUAGAAGACAGCCUCAAUUACUACAAUAGCAUAUCUAUGCAAUGCACACAAUAGCACAUAAACUAAAAACAUAAGAUGAGGAUUCAAUAAUGAUAGGGAUAAAAUAAUCUUUAUUAAAUGUAAAAUAAUAUGCUUAAAUAUGCAAUAUAACACUUACAAGAAGUCAAUUUCAGAAGUCAUACAUAAUGAACAUGUCACAGUAACUUAACCGGACAAUGUAGAUACAUUGCGAUUGCAAGGGCGGAGCUAGGGGGUGGACGUGGCCACCAUGGACCGAAUCCUGGCCACCCCAAUGGCAAUUGCCGUUUUGGUCAUGUUUUGUCUUGUCUUUCUUCACCAACAACCACCAUCCACACCCCCCCAGCAAACCCAUCCGUCCGACAAUACAAACAAUCCCCCCCCACCCUUCCAACAAUGUGCCACCACAGACUGAUCGCUGGACCCUGCCCGGCCGCGCCUGUGAAGAACUCCUGGCUCCCCUGCGCUAUCGGUUAACUCACGAGUAAUGUUCGAUUCAUAAAUGCAUGAGAAGCAAUAUAAGCUUCAGCAACCCUACCAGAAAACAUAUCCAAGCAUUAUAGUAGGUAAACAACUUCACCAAACGGAUAACAGAUAAACAUCCAUCUAGACUGCAGCGAUGCUGUCCUGAACUGUGAGUGUGUUACUGAACAGCUUAGUUUGUUUCUCCAGCUGGAACAUGAGACAGCCGGUACUUCUUUCUUGUGUGUGCGGACAUGACGUAAUGACGCAAGGAUGCACAUCAUAAACUAGCGAUUUCACACCAAAUCAAACCCGACAGCUCAAAAUGCAAAUCAUUUUUAUAGGCUUACAGAAGUGAUUCGGGGUAAGGGAAGGACAUUGUUUUGAACACUGAUUGCUGAUGUACUCAAUCAAUAAUGGCAGUUUGUUCAUUUUUACCCAAAAAAAUCUUAUUCCUGUGUUUUUUUCCCAGGGAAUGUUACCUGGAAGCUGUAAAAAGUGGCUCAGGGUUUGGCCCUUACUAGACAAAAAUGGAAUCAUAUUUAGCUUCAAGCAGAGCUCAGGCAAUCGAAAAAAAAAAAAAAAAGAAAAAAAAUUAGUCCAGAGGAGAAUCUUACAAACAAAGCUGCUUAGACGUGAAUGUUUUGCACUGACCUUGUUCAAUAGGUCUGUGAAUAUACUGCUCACUACAAUUGAGUAAAUUUAGUGUAAUAAUUUUGAAUGGGUCUUUCCAUGUUGUUGCUCCUUCUGUGAAAUUCCAGCAAAGUGGUCAAAUUUAGGAACUAUGUGUCAACAUGUUUAUUCUCUGAUAACUGAAAAACCUUUGCACUGCUUGAAUCAAGGGCAGAUUAAUGUGCCAUGUAUACCCUCAUGUUUUGUGACUAUUCCAAGUCAUUGGUUUAAGUUUUUGAAAUGGCAGUAAAAUGUUUUAGAGCACUGUAUUAAAAUUCAGAUGAUUGUUCUAUCAUCUGAAUUUUGUCUUUUGCCAAGCUGCACUGUCAUAUUUUUUUGCAUUUGCUGGUUAUUAUUUUUGUGUUGUUUUAUUGGAUGUUUGUGUUUUUUCUCUUUUUUUUUUUUCUUUUUGUUGUUGUUACAGUUUCUGUGCAUGCUGCUUGAUUUAAAUAACUUUUUGUUAGCACAUAAGGUGAUUUAUUUUGCCUAACAUUCCUAUAAAUACUUUUUUUAAUUUAAGGAUGAGUCCUAAACAUUUUUAAGUAAGCCUUAAUGUCUAUAAGCCCUCCCUUCCAAGUCUUUUAAGUUUCCUUUCAUCACCACCUUAUAUUUAGCUGAUUGAGGUCCAGUUUCACUACAUUGGUGUGUCCUGCCUGAUGACUCAUUUUGAGCUUAACUCUAUAGUGUCUUGUAUGGUUGUGCCUGUUAUGAGUCAUCUUCAGAGGCAGAGAUGUUCUUGAGGAACUAAAUCAGAGUUUUAAGGGAAAAACGGUAAUUAUGUCAGUUUUACACAGUGUUAUUUACAUCGUAUGGCUUCCCUUUUGGAAAGGCGAUAGCACUUGACUUUCUCACUCUGACAAUGUGCCCUCUCUUUGCAGUAGUUAAGCUUACUGUUUUCCCAUAUUAUCCAUGACAGCCUUGUUGUAAAACUGUUGUCACUUUCAUUGUGAUCCAAUCGGCAGCCAUUUUUCAUAGAUGAUUGUGAAGGAGUUUUUGAUCCUUUUUUGUUGUUGUUGUUUACAAGAGUAUGUGUUGCCAAAAAUAUCCUUGUGAUUGAAUUGAUUGAAUAUUUUUCCUUGUUGCAUAAAUCUCCAUCACUUGUCCAUUGAAGACCAUUGCAGUAUUAGUCUCUAAUAUGUGAAAACUGCAAAAACCCUUCUACAGCUUGAAAAACAAAAAAUCGAAAUUUGUAUGUGUUUAUUAAAGGAAUAUUCUGGGUUUAGUACAAGUUAAGUUCAAUUGAUAGCAUUUAUGGUAUAAUUGUUACAAAAAAAUAAUUAGAUUCUUCCCUCCUUAAAAAACAAAACCAAUGUUACGAGGCACUACAAUGGAAGUGAAAGGAUCAGUUUUGGAGGAUUUAAAGGCAGAAAUGUGAAGCUUGAAAUUUUAUAAAAGCACAUUAAUUCUUCAGUUAAAACUUGUGUAUUUGAGCUGUAAAGUUGUUUAAAUCGUCGUUUUAAGAUUUACAGCAUUACGUCAUGGAUAUACUUUUACACAGAAAAGGUUAGUAGUCUAAGUGGUUUUAUCACACUAAAAUCAUGUUAACGCAUUGUUUACGUCUUGUGGAUAUGCAUUUGAAACCAUGAUUAUUUUAACGUUUACGAAUUGGCCCCAUUUACUGCCAUUGUAAGUGCCUCACUGUAUGCCACUAAUGCUGUCAAUUGAGCUUAACUUUUAUUGAACUCCAAAUAUUCCUUAGAGAAUAUCAUGUGAAAUCUAUUUUAAAACGGCAUGUAAAGUUACAUGCAAAUGUUUCAAUAUAUGUCUAAUUGCUGAGAAAGCGGUUGUGGUCAUGAAAACCUUUUCCUUUAUGUAAAAGCACUUUCUAAUUGUUGCUUUGUUUCUUAUGCUGAAGACAUUGUAAUGUUACUAAAAAGACUGUUUACAAAUGCUCUGAAUGUGUAAAAAAUGUUUAAGCAGAUUAUUCUCAGUGGGACAUUUUGUACUGAAUACUGUGUGCCUGUAAUGACAUAUGUUUGACAUUUAUGGUUUAUGUCUUGUUUUUUUCCCCCUCCAAAUACAAAUUAAGCCUACUGACACUGUAAAUGCCACAGUAGCUGCACUUGAUGGAACUGUUCUGUUUAAUGUGUAACUAGGCUUAUUUGUGUAAGGGAACAUACCAACACAUAUUCAAAAGUACAGAUGAUUCUGCAAAAUCAUUUUUGUUCUUAGACACUUUUUGGAAGUUAAUCAGAACUUAAUCACAGAAUUCUUUGGCCAUUUAUUUAAGCAUUUCAUUUUCUAAUACAACUGGCAACAAUGUGAGCUGCACAAUUAAAUAAUCACCAUUUCAGAAGCAAGAUUAAGUCAAUUUUGAAUAUAAAUUCACACAAUGCAUAUUGUACCAUAAGUAUGUUGAAUACAGUUGAGAAUGAGAGGAAGAAUUAUAUAUCAAUAUAAGGAUAUUAUAUUCUGAUAAGAUACAUGGGUAUGUUUAAGUCUGUACCUUAAAAUCUGUAUUUAUUCUGAUUUAACUUCAUGUAUAUUUUUUCACUUUAGAAAACAAUCACAAUAAAUAUUUUUUAUAUUC